GUGAAGGGAGAUCCCUAUUACUGGCUCCUGACUUUUCUUCUCCUGCCGCUCGUCGUUGAAAUGAUCAUAACGUUGAAGAGACGAAAGGGAAAAGAUUACAAGUGCCCGGGGAUUCUCAGACCCAGUGAGGAGUGGAUGACCAGGGUGAAACAUGAACAAGUGAAACGUGAAAUGAAGUGACAAGUUGUGCGUAUGAUUUAUGCGGGGUAAAUAACCAGACAAGAGGCAGCUGAUGUUGUCCUGCUGACCUUCAUUUCAAGUUGGAUCCUUUUUUAGUGUCAUUUAGUUGCUUGACAGAAAAAAUUUGAGAAGCCCUGACUGGUUUAACAGGUUCUGUGGCAGUGAGGGUGGGACGACCCCCCUGAAGUUCUCCAGUCUUCCUCCAUGUCUGAACUAAACUGUAAACAGUAUUCUGUAUUUAAGUUUCUUUGCCGUGCAGUUUGUUCGACAAUAGCAGACAUUUUAAUUAAAAAAUGUUACGAAGUGAUUCAUCCACCCAUUCAUUUCCCUUUCCAUGCACAGAGAUGUCCAGAAUAUUUUUUGUUGUUGCUGCUGUUGCUGUUUGCUUUCCUGUUGAUUUAUCAAGCUGCACAAGAAGCAUUUAUGUGUGUGUGUUGACAUAAUAAACUGAAAUGAAAAGUGAUAAUAACAGGGCUGCAACUAAUGAUUAUUUUUAUCAUCUGUUAGGGACUGUGUUUAUCAGAGGAGGUGGUAGCUGGUGUGUGCCUUCCUUUUUUUUUAACAAAUACUUCUCAAUGUACCUCCCUCACUGGGGUAAGUGCAUGACUAUCCCUCCACCCUAAAUAACCAUAUUCAUUUAUAUUCACCACUGUUCAACGUGGGUAGUGCUGGAGCCAGGGCAACAAGAAAACAGGGUGGAGGGAUGGAGACUUAUCACCAAAAACAAACGGCUUCUUAAGUGCAGUUUUGAGGUACUCGUACGUUACUUGAGUAUUUCCAUCUUCUGGUACUUUGCACUUCUACUUCAUUGAGAAGCAAAUAUUAUGGAUUUUACUACUUUUCAUUUAUUUUAUAAUUUGAGUCACUUGCUAAGUAUUGAGUAUUUCUAUGCUGUGGUAUUGCUACUGUUACUUAAGUACAAUAUCUGAGUACUUCUUCCACCACUGACAUCAGAUCCUGAUCAAAGCUGCACCCAUUUCCCUCUUGCAAUUUAAAAACUGACUUAUCAUGUCAGUUGCCGUGUGAUGCUGCAGAGGUUCAAUAAACCCAAAGAAAGAAAGACAGCUCUUAAACAACAAACGUUUUCUCCUCCCAUCUUCCUGUUUCUCAUCUGCAUCAUUCCCUCCAUCUGGAUCCUGGAGCUCCACCACCAGCAGAACAAGGACAGUGACCCUCAGUGUAAAAAACUCAACUCAUUGGAGAAUGUGCGUAAAUUGAUCACAAUACAACACAACAACAACAACACCCGGGAAAACGGGACACACCAGGACUAUCUGAGGAUUUUCAACAAUGUGUUCACAUCUGUAUGUUCCGACGACUGGAUCCUGGGUCUUCAUCAGGUUGUGCUCAUCCUCGUCAUCCUGGGGAAGUGGCUUCUUCCCUUGGGAGGUGGAGUCACGCGUGAUGAGCUCUCGCAGCUUCUCCUAAUUUUUGUUGGCACUGCAGCAGACAUCCUUGAAUUCACUACUGAGACACUGUCAGACAUCCAAGAGACACACCUUCGUCUGGUCUACAUCAUCUUAGGUGUAUGGACUUGGAGCAUGUUGCAGUUCCCCCUGCAUCUGGCUGUGGUGAACUCGAAGUCAGACAGUCAGCCUAUGGAGGAGGUCCAGACGAUGUCCCUCUUGACUAGAUACAGCACGGACUUGUGGAGCAUCAUGGAGGCCUUCUUUAUCCAGGACGGGCCCUUCCUGGUGGUCAGACUCACUGUCAUGAUCUACUAUAAAGUCUUUCACCAGAUGCUGGUUUUCUUUGCCAUCAAGAACUUCCUGGUGGUCAUACUAAACCUGUACAGGUUGUCUGUUAUAUGCCAUGACUCCAGACCCUCUAGAAGUAGAGCUGUUGAUGUUGAUGGCGAUGUUCUUUAAUUUUGACGAGUCGGCUCUGGGAGAAGACGAGGAAUCAUGGAGAUGGAGUGAUAUCACACCAGAUGUUUUAUUCACAUGUAAACAGAUCAUUUAACAGCCUGCCCUUGUUCCAAUAAAACAAGUGAAAGUAGUCCCAAAGCACAACCUCUGCUUGACAACACAGCACCUCCACUAACUGAAGCCAGGCUACAGUUUAGAUAAGAAUUGGACAGAUUUCUAACAGAGUGAUGAGGACAUGAGGACAGGGAGAGCAGGAAGAGAGGGCAACAGAGAAUAACAUUAGAUGACACAAAAGCUGGAGAGUGGUGACAGAGGAAAACAUCUUGUGCCAAACUGGAAGCUAAGUUUGAUAAAACCGCCAUAGCACCAGCAGAGGAUAAGGAAGCCCAUGAAUUCUGAUUAUCGGUGACAUUUGAAUGGGAAAUAAAUCAGGGAGAGAAAUCAUAUUCGCAAACUUUGAUGACCUCUUGGACAAAAGAAGACUAUUCACAGAUCCAUAAAUCUGUUAUCUCAAAGUGAUUCUGUCCAUGCUGCUGCUGCUGCUGGUGAAAUCUGACUCAUGGUUACAUGUAAAAAAAAUUGUUUGCACUUGUGCAGUAGCCGUAAAAAUAAAGAGACUGAUGGCAUCAAAUGGCACACAGGUGAUCACCUGGAUUGUGUCUGUGGUGCCCAUUUUAAAGUCCUGAAUAAUUCUAUGAUUUAUAAUACCAAAAAAAUCAUCAAAACUCCCUGGCUAAUGAAAUGUUUUAGGAAAAUGUGUUAAGACAAUGUUCCCACAGCUUUGAAUUAUUGUCACUGGAUGUUAUUUAAUUAUCACUUGUGGUUUUUCAAUAUUUUCUUACAAUGAAACUGAACUGAGUUGGGUUUGGUCCAGUUUUGCGUUUGUACUACAACCUCACGAAGUGGCAAAAACUGGAUAUUAUGACCAUUUAUCUAUUACUUUUUUUAUAUAAAAGUACUUUUAAAUAUAACAAUGGAUGAUUCAGUCUCUCCGUGUAUCUAUUGUCAACUGCAGAAGUACCUCGUGGAUACUUAAUGUAUCCCUGGUCGGGAAUCAACCUAAGCACAAAUAGUGCAUUUUUACUUGUCAAGAAACAAACAUGUAUUAUUGUUUUUGUCAUGUUAGCUUGUUUUUAGUCUGUUUAUACCCAAAAGAGCAUUAUAUCCAGGAUCCAUGUGUUGUUUCCAUUCUUAUACCAUGAUGUGGGUCAGUUCUCAAUUCUGGCAGCAGAAUGUCGAUUAAUUCCUGGUAAUGGACACUUACUAACAGACCUAAGUAGUUAGAGUGAAACUGUCUGUUCACCAUUAGUUUGACAUCGUGAAUAAAUUACAUGGAAAAAAAACUGAAUACUGAGCUCAGUCCUGCAGCGCCCCAUCCUCAGCACAGGAUGGCGACUGUGAACCACAAACUGACAGCAGCCUACAGUGACAUAUGGACUAUGAAUUCUGCCUCAAAAUAUCAAUAUAUUCUGAUUGCAAACCUCACGAAAUUAUAAAUUAAUGGGCCAGGCCAGGCCAGGCCAGGCCAGGCCAGGCCGCAUGAUAUCAUGAAUUGCCCUGUAAAGAAACGCAGUUUGAACACAAUACUAACUUGUCUUUCUGGACAUUUAAGGUGACUUUAUUUUUAUUUGAAACUCUGAAAGGGGCCACCACAUUUAAAUAAUAUGUUUAAUUUUGAAACUUUUUGCUGGUAAUGCUUUACUUUAAAGUAUUUUUACACUGUGGUAUUCUUACUUUUAUUUCGUAAAGGAUCUGAGGACUUCUUUCAUCGGUAAUUGUUGCUAAUGUACACAGACACAAACACACACUAAGCCUGUGGCCAUGUUGAUUUUAAUCUCGCCUUUAUAAUAAUAAAAAGUGAUGUGAG